GAAGUGGCCGGGGAGCCGGGGCCGGGCUGUGGGCCUGCUGCGGGCCUCGGCGGCUGCGAGGCUGUCGCUGCGGGCGGCGCGUCUCCCCGGAGCUGACUCCCGCGGCACCGAGGCUUUGCGGGUCGGGACUCGGGGGGCCGCACCGCGCUGGGCUCAGGCUGAGUACACCGUCACAUCCUAGCCACCAGCAAGUCUAUUGGUUUUACCUCCCAGAUGUCUUGACUUUGUCUGCUUCUUUGUCACCACACUGAUCUAAGUCGCUUAUCUCCUGCUUGGACCACGGGUCUUAGCUGCGGCACGCGGGAUCUUCGUUGCCAUGUGGGGGAUCUUUAGUUGUGGCAAGUGGGAUCUAGUUCCCCGACCAGGGAUCGAAACCAGGCCCCCUGCACUGGGAGCGAGGAGCCUCGGCCACUGGACCACCAGGGAAGUCCCCAAGUCUCCAAGUUGAUUGUCCCCAUUAACACCCUCCUUACUUCCUUUUUAGAACUUAUCCCCAUUUAUAAUUUAAAUUUAUUUGUUUAAUUUUUUUUGGCCAAGCGCACGGGGCUUGCGGGGAUCUUAGUUUCCCCCACCAGGUACUGAACUUGUUCCCUCGGCAGUGAAAGCGCGGAAUCCUAACCACUGGACCACCAGGGAAUUCCCUAAUUUUUUUUUUUUUCCUGUCUGCUGUACCAGUAUGUGAGUUUCAAAGGGCAAGCACCUUGUCUAUCUUGUUCUCUGUUUUAUUUCUAGUUUCUGUGGGUCAGGCAUAGAUACAUGUCAAAUGUAUAUUUAGUGUUGGAAGAGUGGGCCCUGGUGACUAACUUAGUUAUAACCCGUCUUAUAUUUUUCUAUGAUUGUAGUGUUGUCUCUCUCUUGAGAUUUUAAGCUAUUUGUGCAUAUAAGCUAAGUCCUAAUUUCAUUGACGUAGAGACAGAACUGGGAUGACCUGACCUUCCCUGUGUUUUAUUUAUGCCGUUCUCAUUGUCCGUCUGGUCUUCCCAACAGACCCUCAGUCUUCUGGGAGGGGGUGUGAAGAUGCUUAAAGAGUGUCCAGGGAUGGCAGAAGAUCGUCAGCAGCAAAUGGGUGUCCCUGUGGUAAAACUGGAGAGAGAGUUGCCAUGGGGCAGGGCGAGGGAAGGCCCCAGCCCGGAGACUUUUCGCCUGAGGUUUCGGCAGUUCCGCUACCAGGAGGCGGCUGGUCCCCAGGAGGCCCUCAGGGAGCUGCAGGAGCUCUGUCGCCAGUGGCUGCGGCCCGAGCUGCACACCAAGGAGCAGAUCCUGGAGCUGCUGGUGCUGGAGCAGUUCCUGACCAUCCUGCCCCGGGAGUUCUACGCCUGGAUUCGGGAGCACAGCCCGGAGAGCGGCAAGGCCCUUGUGGCCGUGGUGGAGGGCUUCACGGAGGGAGCCCUGGAGGCCAAGGCGGUUCCAUGCCAUGUGCAAGGAGAGCAGGAGGAGACAGCACUUUGCAGAGGUCCUUGGGAACCAAGUGUCCACCUGGGGCCAGUGGAGGUCAAGCCCGAGUGGGGGCUGCCCCAUGGGGAAGGAAUUCAAGGCCUCGACCAAGGCACUGAGGAGCAUCUCACCCAGGACCCUGGAGAGGGGACGCAGGCCUUCCAGGAGCAGGCUCUGCCGGUUCUUCAGGCUGGUCCUGGCCUCCCUGCAGUGAGCACCAGAGACCAGGAGAUGGCAGUGGGUUUCCUUCCAGCUGGAUCCCAGGGGUUGGGCCCAUUUAAAGACAUGGCCCUGGCUUUCCCCGAGGAGGAGUGGAGGCACGUGACCCCAGCCCAGAUAGACUGCCUUGGGGAGUACGUGGAACCCCAGGACUGCGGGGUCUCACCUCCAGGCCUGGGGAGCAAGGAAAAGGAGGCGAAGACCCAGCCGGCAGACCCCAAGGGGCCGCCUGCUCAGGGGCCGGCAGAGAGGUUUGGGGAAGCCUCUCUCCAGGUCCCGGAGCUCGGAAGAACCUGUGAGCAGGAGGCCGGGAGCUCGGUGGGAAACGCGCCCGGGCCGCCCCCUCCCCAGCGCGGCAUUGCCCCCCUGCCUGACGACCUCAAGACCCACAGCUCCUUCUGGAAGCCUUUCCAGUGCCCCGAGUGCGGAAAAGGCUUCAGUCGGAGCUCAAAUCUGGUCAGACACCAGCGGACCCACGAAGAAGACAAGUCCUACGGCUGCGGGGAGUGCGGGAAAGGCUUCGCGCUGCGUGAGUACCUCCUGAAGCACCAGCGGACCCACCUGGGCAGGCGGCCGUACGCGUGCGGCGAGUGCUGGAAGACCUUCAGCCAGCGGCACCACCUGGAGGUCCACCAGAGGAGCCACACGGGCGAGAAGCCCUUCCAGUGCGGGGACUGCUGGAAGAGCUUCAGCCGCCGGCAGCACCUGCAGGUGCACCGGCGGACGCACACCGGGGAGAAGCCCUACACCUGCGAGUGCGGCAAGCGCUUCAGCAGGAACGCCAGCCUGGCCGUGCACCGGCGCGCCCACACCGGGGAGAAGCCCUACGGCUGCCAGGUGUGCGGGAAGCGGUUCAGCAAGGGGGAGCGGCUGGUCAGGCACCAGAGGAUCCACACGGGGGAGAAGCCCUAUUGCUGCGCCGCCUGCGGCCGGAGCUUCAACCAGCGGUCCAUCCUCAACCGGCACCAGAAAACGCAGCAUCGCCAGGAGACCCCAGCGCAGUGAGGGCGCCCGGCCGAAAUGCCCCUCUUUUGCUCACAGAAGGUGCCGGGGAAGGCGGGGCCUUCUGGAACCACCAGGCGGAGGGAGACCUCGUUGGAGGAUGCGCCCCCCCUUUACUCACUGAAGGGUUGGGGGCGUCGAGGGACGUUGGGGGCGUCGAGGGACGUUGGGGGCAGAGAGGCGCUUUCACCCAUUUUCUUUCCACUCGUUUCAAACAUGGGGGAGGGGAGAGGCCUGGUUUAUUUGAGAGGCCAGAGGGCACAGCAUCUCGCGUCUCCUGCCCAAGUGGUGCUCGUACUUUCUCUUACCCUUUUUGAGGAAGCGGUAUCCCGAGUUGCAGUUCAGGUCCCGGUUUUUCUCCUUCCGUGGAUGUUCACGUCCACCUCCUGAGCGAGUCUGGUUGUCAAGGUGACAUCUUGUCCCGUGUCGGCAGCUUGAACCUCGUUUUUCUGAGGGCUGUGUCCCUGCAAGAACAUUAGCUCUGUCUCCCUUCCUUCCCCCAAUUCUCUUUUCCAUGUAACAGAUAUUUAUUUGUUAAGUAAAUAACACCUCCUGUGCGCCUGGUGCUGGGAGCGCAGUGAACGAGGCAGAUGAGACCUCAUUCCCCUGGAGCUUGUGAUUGGGCCCUGGAAGCAGACUCGUUAGUAACGCAGAGCGCCCUCAGUUCCCUUCACAGCGAGUGCCGAGCGAGAGGAAGUCCUCGCAGGCCCAUUCUGCGCUCCCGCCCUGCCCCUCCAGGUGCCUGAUCUUUUCCUCCCAGCUGGGGUCGCUCAGGCAGCCUCCUUUAUUUUACUUUAUUUGCGGCCCCCUUUGUCUCUGUGACAGUGUACUCUCGCUGGUAGUUUCCCCAUUCCAUUACUCCUUGAACAAUAACAACUCUCCACACAUCUGUUAGGAAAUUAAUAUUUUGCUGUUGAUCACUGUAUAAACAUGAGAGUAUUUUAAAAAACAUCCAGGUCUGUAUAAAAUUCUAAUUAAAUGUUAAGGCCAAAAGGUGAACUAGUAUUAAUACCCUAUAUUUGAUGGCACUUUACAAUAUAUAAAAUGCGCUGCUUCCCUGUUUUCUCACUUGACUCGUUCCACAAAUAUUUAUUGAGGCCCGACAGUGUGCCAAGAACUCUUCUAGGUGCUUGAGGUACAUCAGCGAAUAAAAUAGGCGGGAUGUGGAGGUGGGGUGGGCAAUCCCUGUCCUCGUGGAGCUUACGUGUUGGUCAAUGUAUUUGAUCUUCAGAACCACCCAAAGUGGAACCCGUGGCUGCUCCCCUGGACCCUCUGGACCUGGCAUCUGAGCCUGUGCCUCAGUCCUGUCAGCUGGCCCUGAA